GUUGCAACUUGUUACCCUAACUCCUCUCAUCUUCCUCCUUUUGCUUAACCUUAUAGUAGUAGUAAGCAAAAAAAGGGUGGCAUGAUUGAAUGUCUGUCAAGCUGGUUGACGCCCACUGUUCUCUUCUGCAUCUUAAACCUCUUGAUUGUUACUAUUCUCAUUACUUCCAUCUUUAGAAAUAAUGAGAGGAAACAACAACAACAAGAAGAGGAUGAAGAACAACUCCCCCGAACUCCAUCUUUGUUACAUCGUGUGAGGUCUGUAAACUUUUCUUUCCCGGAUCCAUUUAAUUCUCCUUUAACUACUCAUCAUUUCCUCGACAACAGUCCCUUUUUUCUUCAGCGCAUCCGGUCAAUCAACUUCUCUUUCUCCUCCCAAAAGCCCAGCCAAUUUCCCUCUCUAGACCCACUUGAUGAACAACCAGUUGCUGCUCACAAGGACGACGCUGAAAAAGUAGAUUUGAAAAGAAAAAUGAUAAGAAGCAAAUCUACUAUGUGCGCGGAGGAGAAGGAGGUGGUGGUUCGCUGGGAGAAAAAACUAAAAGUAGGGAAUCGUCAUCAUGGAGGGACCAAGUCGUUUGGAAAUGAAGAAGAAGAUGCAGUUGAUAAGAAAGCAGAUGAUUUUAUAAACAAGUUUAGGAAGCAGUUGAAGAUGCAGAGAAUUCAUUCUAUUUUAAACAAGGAAAUGUUGAACAGAGGAGUCUCCAUUUAGGACAACUACUAAAUACCAAAUAAUCCUUUUGUUUCUCUCAAUUCAAAACUCAACAUCUCUAUCUCUUCAUGAUGCAAAUUUGAAUCAUUUCUUUAACUACUCCUUAUUGAAUUGUAUUUUUUUGCUGUUUUAAUUUGAUAUAUGAGAGAAGUAACUGUCAAUACCUCUAGAAAUUUCAAUGUUUAGAUCAUGCUGGUCAAGAAACUUGAUCGGUUUUGAUGUGAACUAAGUUCAAUACAAACAAAUUCAACUUUCAAAAUUUUUUCAAACCUAGAUUUUGGGGAACUUCUAAUGAAAAGACUUCUCUUUUGCAAUUCAACCA